ACAUUUAUAUAUAUGUACAAUUCUAUAUCUAAGCUUACAAUAUCAUACAUUCAUUGAUAAGUAUUACUGUAUGAUACAUAUUAUUUAACAUUGAGAAUUUAUUUAUAAUUUCGAUUUUAAAAAAAUGAGAUGUAACGUUGUGACCCACAUUUUAUUUAAAGGCUAUGUUUAGCCGUGGUAAAUUUUUGAUAGAUGUUAAUUUUAUUCGGCGCAUAGGUUCUUACACAUAUACUAUUUUAAGAACCAUGUCCCAAGGAAAUAUUUCGAAAGAAGAAUUAAAAAAACGAUUAUCUCCUAUUCAAUAUCACGUUACUCAAGAAAAAGGAACUGAAAGAGCAUUCACUGGCAAGUAUAAUAAAACUACGGAUCCUGGUUUGUAUACAUGCGUUGUUUGUGAUGAACCAUUAUUUACAUCAGAGACUAAAUUUGAUUCUGGUUGUGGAUGGCCUGCAUUCAAUGAUGUAAUUAAUCAAGGCAAAGUAAAAUUAACUUCAGAUACAUCAAAUGUUGGAGCAAAUUUGCUGUUAUUAAUAAACAACCCAGGUAUGAUCAGAACGGAAGUACAAUGUAUCAAUUGCAAUGCACAUUUGGGGCAUGUUUUCAAAGAUGGUCCUCCUCCAACUGGUCGUAGAUUUUGUAUUAAUAGUGCAUCUAUGAACUUUCAUCCACGAGCAAUAGAAAAAGAAUGAUCCUGGUUCAUUUUUACACGGAACCAAUAGCUGAAUUAAUUAUCUACUAUUCUAUCAGCAAUGAUUAUGUUUCUCAUAUAAUUGAAGUCACAUUGAAUUAACCAAUACUAUUUGCUUUACAAUUAACUUUUAUAAACAAUAACAAAAUAAAUAGAUGACACUUUUCUGUAUUCUAUUUGGAGAGUAAAUACACUUAUUAAAUACUUGAAA